AGCUGGAGCUGGAUGCCUUCGGAGCAGGUGUCAUCAUUAUGACGCCGUUUGCCGAGGUUCUGGACCAGGUGAGGUUGGUUCUCACCUGGGCAUUCCCAGGUGAGGUCCAGGCUCUGUUGAAGGGUCUGGUGAAGGAAGGGAUCAUCUCAGAGAUUUACAGGAAGAGUUUGAAUUUGCACUGGCUGAAUGAUGGGAUCGUAACUACGUUAACCAGUAAACCAGGAUGUAGCAAGCUGGAUGUGGACUUUAAUUCUCACGGAUCAGUGGCCCAGUGGUACCUCGACCAAGACCCGAUGACCCAAAUGAGUACAAGCGUAUCAAAAUUGCUUGCUAGUGACCACAAUGUGGAACAAACUGAAUUAGCCUCAUCAAUAGAGGAACCUAACAGCACAAGGAUUAACCUGCAGAACCUCUCCCACGAAUAUGAACUUCUUCAGAGAAACCAGGAGGAAAUUAAGGAAUUAUUGGAAGAAUUUGUAAUGGAUGUGUCCUACUCGAAUGAAGAGCUCUUUUCCUCACCAUCAGGGUUUGACUGCACUCUCAGAUCCAGUGAUGAAAAAGGAGAACUGCUGAGCAGUGCAAGUAGUGAGUCUGCAAGUGAAAAUGAAAGAGUUAGUACGGGGAAUUUGGAAAAUGAGGAGGAGUGGUUAGAGCAGGUGGAAGAAGCAGCAAGGAGAAUAGCCAUCCCUCUGUGGCAGCACUGGGACAGAGGACGAGGGAUGUUGCAGACCUUGCUUCUCUGUCUGCCAAGCACUUUAGUAAAUGAUGGGAUGGUGUCAGAAGUUGAAGCCCAGUGCACUACUUUUGACACGGAAGAGAAAAUUGAGCUUGCAGCCGCUUGUAGGACACCUGACGCCUUUGUUUAUGACUUUGAGUGCGCAGAGCCAAGCCUCACAUGUGAUACCGCUGCAGGCAGGUCAGAACGAGGAGAGCUUAACUUCUCUACAAACAACAGAAUUGCUGUGUUGAACAUGGAAGAUUUCAGAAUCCACAGAGCAGCACGAAGUGCCUCACCUGUUGAAGCCUGCAAAGCAACAGAUGCGAGCUACAUCACUGAAAUGCUGGAGAGCCAGUUCGAUAUUUUCUGGCCACCCGACAAGAUGGCAAAUGUAGAAGAUGACCUAUUCUGUUUGACAGCAAACACAUUAUGCAAACAAUGUGGAACAAACUCAGGACUCUCAGAAAGCACUUUUAGGCACCUCCUCUACUCAGGUGCACCUGAAGACAGGAGAACUGUUCUGCAAGAAAACUCUCAUUAUAGUCUGACGGAAAGAAAAACUGAUUAUCUGCAAGAUGUUUUCAGGGAUACAGCAGCGUCCUGUAUAGACCGAUUCAGAGAGCUCCAUGAGAAAACGGAUUCACACGGUGAUGCCAAGAUGCAGGAAUUUGACCAGGACUCCUUGAGCCUGUCGGACCUCCUGCCUGAUGAUGACAUAUCAAACUUUUUGGAUGAUGAUUACCUAGUUUCUCACCUGGAUCCGACCUUGCUCCUCAACUUUGAGGAGCAAGGAACAGUUGGGCUUGAUUUCGUGGAUGAAAUCAUCAACAGUGAUCCUCCGGUGGCACUGGAGGCUAACCACAAAGAGCAGAAAGAGCAGAGCCAGCCAACAGACAAAAUAAAACCUAAAAGAAAAAGACAGAGAGAUGCCCUCUCUAAACAGUGUACCGAUGGAAACUUGAGAGUGAAAAGGCAAAAAGCAAUAGAUUCACCAAAAACCAAAGAGGAAACUGUUGAGCCAACUGUCACCCACGGUGCAGAUGCUGAAACAAUGCCAGUUCCAACAGAGCCAAUGAGACGCCCCUCCACCACUCCGCCAGGAAUCGUCCACGUGUUUCCUUCCCAAUCAGCCAAUCCCAUUCCCAUUCAGCUGAUCACAAUUCCAGACUCCCCUGCUUACAAGGUGGUCCAGCUGUCCUCCUCUCCUUCUCCACUUAUUAGACUUCCACUCCCCAACACAUCUGUUAUGCCUACGUACAUCUUUGUUCCUGCUCCCUCUCCGACCUGCAAACGUCAAGUUCCACCGCUCUCUCCAGUGGAUGGCGCAGUGGCGCCCGUUCUGAUGAGUUCAUUUCAGCCAGGUUCCAUGUCAGACACAGCCAGCAAAGCCAUGUCUCCCCCUGCUGCACCACCUUCAUCCCCCACGAACGAGAUAUCCCCAUGUAAGGAGGCGCUUAAGUCUCCUCCAGAAGUCGAAAUCCCCCAGGGCGUGAAGGACUACAUCCAGCAGUCCAAAACACACAUGAGUCAAGCUUGCCAGCAUAUGGAGGGAGGCCUGAGGCUGUCCGCCCAUUACGUGGACGUGAAUGUGAGCCAGAGAGAGAUGGCUCGCUCUGGGAAAAACACAAACAGAUGUCUGGACAAGGAGCUCAUCAUAACUGGAGAUAUAGACCGUCAAAAGAGCUCAGUGGGACGGAGUCAGAUCUUUGACAGCCUGGAUGGUAAACGCUGCAGUUUGCUGCUUGGCAAUGCCGGCAUGGGGAAAACAACUCUGAUCAAGAAGCUGUGUCUCGACUGGUCCAAAGACUGCAUACCUCAGUUUGACUUUGUCUUUUUAUUGGAUGGCAAACAGCUCACUUUAACAGAACCUGUCCACAGCCUCCAGACACUGCUGCUCAGCCGGUCCUCCUUCGCUCCCCCCUGCAUGGACCCUGAAGGAGUGUACGCUCAGAUCCUCGCAGCUCCUAAACGUGUUCUUGUUGUUUUUGAUGGGUUUGACGAGCUGCGGGACUAUGAAAUGCUGCUUCAGACUCAGGAGAAGGACUUGGUAGCCUCACUGCAAAAAGACAGCAAGGCUCAGGCAUUUACAGUAAAGCAGCUGUUCUCAGGGAUUCUUCAGAGGGUUCUGCUUCCAGGCUGCAUGCUCCUCCUCGCCAUCCGCCCAAGAGGCACCGCCAGCCAGUUGCUCCGCCGCACAGAUAGCUUUCUGGAAGUCUGCGGAUUUACUCCAGCAAAUGUGGAGACGUAUGUGUCCCAAUACUUCUCUGAUCCUGAACUUAGAGCAUCUGCUUUGGACUAUCUAAAAAUCUGCAACUACCUGCAUCUCCUUUGCUGGAACCCCGGACUCUGUCACUUAGUUUGCAACGUUUUACAACAGUGCAAAAGUUCAGAUGCCUUACCAAGAACUUUAACCACCCUCUGUCAUAAGGUGCUCUGUUUGAAAAUGGAAAAAGACAGAGGAAGCCCAGAGUCACUUGUUGAGCCCAAGAGCCAAAAAACUGUUGAACCGAUAGAAGAAACAGAAAUCUCAAACAAUUCUCAGGGAAGGAGAGGACACAAAAAUAAUCGAACAAGGGCCAGAGCGGUAGCACGCAUUUCUUCUCGCAGCCAAAGGGCAAGGAGGAUGAAAGGACAGGAGAAACUGGAAGAGGAGAAUGCUUGCGAGGACACAAACAGGACAGAGAGCAGAGAGUUGCUGUCCCAGCUUUGCUCUUUAGCCUGGGAAGGGGUCAAAUCUAACUCAUCUGUUGUUCCCAGAGAACGAACUAUUUCCACCAAACUGAGAGCGUUCAGCUUGAAGGCAGGCCUGCUACUGUCUCAGUCACUCAUGAAAAGGACACCUGCCAAAUUAGAGGACAGUGAAGGAGGAGGACGAGAAGUUAACAAUGGGACGGUAGGAGUAGAGGAGAAAGAGAGCAAACAAAAAGGAGGAAAUGCAGAAACCUUUGAUGAGUGUGAAGACAACAUUCUGUUGUGGGCCAACCCUUUCCUUCAAAGUUAUAUGGCUGCUGUCCAUUUGUCGUUGUCAAGGACUGUGACAGACCGCUCCUUUCUCCAGACCCUGCCUUUCCAGACGGGUGCAAAAGGCCGGCGGAAAUCUCAGAGGGAGGAGCUGGAGCUCACACAGCGGUUCGCAUUGGGCCUCUUGUUCCACAACAAGACGGAGCUACAGAUGCUUCAUUCAUACUCAGACACUGUCUUUAGGGACAUGGUUGCCAGCAAGCAGGCUUUGGUGAUGAAACACCUAGAAGGUCUGUCCUUCGGGGACCUGAGUUCAGCUCAGAUCUUGGAGAUGUGCAACUAUGUCUAUGAAGCAAGUUUCACACACAAAGAGAAUGGACGGAACACCGGUGGCAAAAUGCUGGCCCUUCUGGCGGUACAUAUUCCUGAAUUUUUAUCAUUCCGGGGUGUUCCUCUCAGCCCUCCGGAUGUGUUCACAGUACAGAACGCUCUCAGUAGGGGUGGAGCUGAGGGCAGAAGUUUCUGUUUGGAUCUUGAAGACUCUGGGAUACACAUCUGUGGACUUAGAGCUUUGGUGGGCCUCAGCAACAUCAAUACCUACAGGGCCUGCAUAGCAGAUGUCCUCACCCUGUGGAAGGAACUGGAGAAGCUGGGCGACGAAGGUCUCCUACAAGGAGCAGUGUCUAAGUUCAAGAUCCAUCCUCUGAAAGCCACACAGGUUUGUCACAUAGAGCACCUGGAAAGUCUUGUCAGCAUACACACCCACAAGAGGCUCUCAUCCAGCUCCAGCCAAUCAGGUUCCAUCCUGGCAGACGGAGUGCCAGCUGUCAAAGAGCUAUAUAAGCUGGAAUUUGAGCUUGGCCCAGAAAACGGUCCCUUGGCUCUUCCCAAGCUGUGGGACCUUUUGCCUGGUCUACAUAACCUUCAGCACUUGGAUGUGGAAAACAGUAAGAUUGGAGACAAAGGAGCAGAGAAACUGGCAAAUGCAUUAGUCUUUCUUCGCUCUCUGGAGAUACUAAAUUUGUCCGAGAACUGCGUAGGAGACCAAGGAGUGAAGAAACUAGCCCUCGCCUUGAAGGACCUGCCCAAACUGCACUGUUUAAGUCUGUACAGUAAUGUGAUUUCCGACGAAGGGGCAGAGAGUUUAGCAGCUGUCCUCCCACACAUGGCUUCUCUCACAGACCUCGACGUUAAAUAUAACAAGAUGACAGAUGUUGGAGCACAAAGCUUGGGAGCGAGUUUGAGAAACUGCAAAAAAGUUAAAACUUUAAGGAUGUGGAACCAAUGCAUUCCAUAUGGAGUUUUUGAGAGACUUCAGCAGCAGGACAGCCGCAUCCUCUGGCAUUAACAUAACCCAUAAAAAAAAAGUUCUACCUUGCACUGAAUUCAUCUUUUUUAUGCAAACAUAUGAACACUAUGCUUUAUGUGUUCUAAAUCUUAUACUUCAUGACAUAAACAGAAAAAAGAGCACCUGAAAAAUUGCACUACAAUAAUCAGCUGCUGCUUAACUCAUCAGGUAAAGAUUCUAACUGUUCUUUGAAAGAGGAAUGAACACACCCACACCACUCAGGAUCACCUGUGUGGAACGCUCUAUACAAACUUCAAAGGGAACUUUGUUGUCAGUAAAGAAAGCUGAUUUUUACUUUAUAUUUUUAUAUACUGUUUUGGUGCAUUUUUAUGUGUUCCUGUUUUUUUUUUUUUUGGUUGUGAACUACAGAAUAUUGCCUGGUUACUUUUAUAUGUGUUUUUCUUGUGGUGUCACGUGUUUAUUUUAAUGGGGGGUUUUUUUUCAACUAAAUGCAUGGGUUUAUUAAAAACCCCACUUUUCACUUCUCCUCCUGCAUGUUUCUGUUCUCCAUUUUCACACAGGCUGACCUUUAAGACAACAUUGCUGUUUGCACCUCUCUUUAAGAGAGCACAAUGCCUUUAGCAUUAAUGAUUGUACGCAUCGGUUUGGAUCAAAUGUUACAAAUGUGGAGGUGAAUCUCAAUAUUGGCAUACCUGAAAGUUGUUGAUGACCUCUCCUAGUAUGACUUUCCACCUACAGAACAUUUUUAAUAAAUGAAUUUCUGACUUUGA